GACCGCCACAGUUAGGAUUGCAUUCUUGAGGAUGUCGUCGCCUAAAAAGCCGCGCCGCGUGGGCGGUACAUCUAACCAUGGGCGCAUUCCCAUCCCGGAGAUCUGGCACAUGAUUGUCCGCAUGUGCGACCUCGACACGGCGUUCAACGUCUGCCUCGUGGUCUUCUCGACUCCAAGCUUGUGGGACGUGGCGACCGACGUCGAAGUGUAUGGAGACCUCAUCGAAACGCAUUUUGGUGCGAAGCGCAUCUUUCCCCCGGCGGCGUUGUGUCCACCCGCGUCAGGUGUCCCGAACUUCCGAGCAUGCAAAGGGUUCCAUCCGUCGGAUGAGUUUGUCGAGUUCUGCGAGACGUACGGCGAGCGGACGUUGUUCUCCAAGGUUGACAUCCGUCAAGGCGACAUUGGUCGCGUUGUGGACAUCGACGGGGCCCCCCUGGACUGCCUUGUGUUUCCGACCAACUACACUCUUCGAAACGCAGGAUCGGGGGCCGCCGUCGCCGUGUUCCGCCGCGCAGGGUCCGGUUUGGACGAGUAUGUCGAGAGUUUGCAUUUCCAAGGGCGCGAAUCCAAUGCCGUGGUCACCCCGGGGUUCAAUGCGGGCGUAUCUCAUUUGAUUCAUUGCGUCGGGCCUUCUCCCCAUGCCAUCGGAAGCUUUGCGUUGCUCUACCAGACCUACUUGAACGCGUUCGAACAAGCGCGACGACGGAAAGUACGAUGUGUGGCGGUGGCGUCCAUUGCCACGGGGGCGCUGGGGUUCCCGCUCUCGGCCGCGACCAAGCUGGCAAUGCGCGCCGUCCGCGACUUCGUCAAGACCCAUCGAUGGGACGCGAAGGUGGUGUUUGUGUGCUGGGACGUCGAAGUCACCAACUCCAUGCGCGCCGCCAAGGACGAAAUCCUGGACGAGUUCAACGAUCAAGCGUUCCAAGUGCUCACUGUGGUAUAGACAAGAAGUUCAAUAAGGGUCCUGUAUUCUUAAUAUUAUUUUAAAUGUGUUGCUAAAUCUCUACUGGGACGAUGGGAGUUUGGUUUAAUUGAAAUGGCGGGGUUGGUUGAGGCCACGGCUGAAUCGUGGGCUCUUGGCGUGCUGUUGAUGCGUGGGCGUGAGCUUCUUGUUGCGUAGCGCGCGAAACGCGGCUUCUUCGUCCUUGGACGUCUUCAUCAAGAUGUUCCAGAUCGUCGACUCUUGGCUGCGGCGGUUGUCCUUGAGUUCGUGGCAUUUGUCCGCGAGUUUGCGGUGCAAUUCCUCUUGCAUGUCCAGCAGUUCCAACUCCGCGAGCAGUUCGUUCAUUUGGUCACACGCUUCCAGCUCUCGUAGGUCCGUUUGCGUGAACGGGUAGAACGCCGGGUCAAACAGUUCUUCGUCGGGGACUUCGCGGGUGUAGAACUCUUGGUCAAGGAUGACAAACCCGUCGGCGUUCACGACGCCGGGGGAGUACGGGAUGUUGAACGCCUGGAUCACGUCGUCCGUGAUGGCAGUCUUCCAGCCGAGCGUGGGGUAGAAGGGAGGCGCAUGGACGUUCAGCUUCAUGGCGGCGUGAGAUGGCAUUUGUAAUGACCUGGAGAAU